AUGGAAGGCGGAGGAAACUCUUACGGUGGUAGUGGAAGUUUCGGAGGCGGCAACCGCUCCUGUUACAAUUGUGGUGGAUCUGGUCACCAGGCCAAGGACUGCCCAAAGAGAGGCAACCCAGUUUGCUACAAUUGUGGACAAGAUGGCCACCUCAGUCGAGAAUGUCAAUCACCUCCGAAGGAGAAAUCCUGUUACCGAUGCGGACAAACAGGUCACAUAAGCCGUGAAUGUACCAAUGAGUCCUCGGGUAGCUCCUAUUCCGGUGGUAACAGUGGCGGCGCUGCUGGUUCCGGCGCCGAAUGCUACAAAUGUGGAAAGGUUGGCCAUAUUGCCCGCAACUGUCAAUCUGGAGACAAUGGAGGGUUCGGCGGAGGAAACAGAUACGCUUCUGGUCGCGGACAAACAUGUUACUCUUGCGGCGGAUUUGGCCACAUGUCUCGUGACUGUACACAAGGCCAGAAGUGCUACAACUGUGGCCAAAUCGGUCAUCUUUCCCGUGACUGCACUAGCGAGCAGGAUCGUGUUUGUUACAAGUGCAAAAAACCCGGUCAUAUUAUGAGCAAUUGCCCCGAGGCCGAUACCAGCGCUUAG